AUGGAUAAAAACUCAUUACCAUUUGUUGUCGAUACGGCACCUACAACUCCUUCCGAUAAACUUGUGGCGCCCUCAAUAGAGGAAGUAAAUAAUAAUCCUAGCGAAUUAAGAGCUCUUAGAGGACAGGGUAGGUAUUUUGGUGUAAGCGAUGACGACAAAAAUGCUAUCAAAGAAGCUGCACCAAAGUGUAAUAAUUGCUCUCAAAGGGGUCACUUGAAGAAGGAUUGUCCGCAUAUAAUAUGUUCAUAUUGUGGCUCUACAGAUGACCAUUAUUCUCAACAUUGUCCCAAGGCUAUAAAGUGUUCAAAGUGUGACGAAGUGGGUCAUUACAGGUCUCAAUGUCCACACAAAUGGAAAAAAGUGCAGUGCUCUCUCUGUAAAAGUAAUAAACACUCAAAAGAAAGAUGUCCUAGUAUAUGGAGAGCUUAUAUCUUAAUUGAUGAUAAUGAAGCGACAAAACCAAAAGUCCUUCCCUUUCAUACUAUAUAUUGCUACAAUUGUGGUGAAAAGGGGCACUUCGGGGACGAUUGCAAAGAAAAAAGAUCAUCUAGAGUACCUAAUGAGGAUGGAAGCGCGUUUACUGGUUCCAACUUAUCAACUGAGUUAAAACAAGAAUAUUACAGUCAUAUUAACAGAAAUUCAAAAGAAGAUGAAAACUACCAGUUCAGCGGAUCCAUAUACGAUGAGGAGCCACUACCGAGAAUUUCUCACAAAAGACGUUCACACAAUGAUCAUUCAAAUGGUAGCAGAAAUAAAUAUAGAGCAUCAAAUUUCCAUCCACCCCCUUACCAAAAGCGUAAUGUCAUUCAACCCACCAUAAGAGGCGAGACAUUAUCAAUAAGCAACAGCACCAGUAAAAACUCGCGAUAUCAGAAUACAAAGAUCAACGUCUCGUCGGUUUCUGAAAAUAUGUAUGGCUCCAGAUAUAACCCUUCUACAUAUGUUGAUAACAACGACAUUUCCAUCUCUUCCAAUUAUAGAAACUAUAAUUCCUAUCAACCUUAUAGAAGUGGUACCUUGGGCAAAAGAAGAUAA